AUGUCUAUUCACCCGGACUCCCAAAUUGUAAUUUUACCUGAACCCCGCGCACAAACCUCAGUCCAGAGUUCAGAUAUCAGAGAACGACCUCCUCCUCCUCCACGACCGCCGCUACUGGCCCCCACUUACUCUCUCACUCUUCAAUCUCCACCGCCCGUUUUCUCUGGCCGCAACCAAAUGGCUCAUCCGCCGCACGAUCCCUACUACCUGCAGCAGCAACCACCGCUGCCGCCACAGCAACAGGAUUACAGUGACCGGAGUGUGAUCAACACUCUCUUCGUCUCGGGCCUCCCCGACGACGUCAAGGCGCGUGAGAUUCACAACCUCUUCCGCCGUCGCCCUGGCUUCGACUCUUGCCAGCUCAAGUACACCGGCCGCGGCAACCAGGUCGUUGCUUUUGCUACGUUUUUCAAUCACCAAUCAGCAAUGGCAGCUCUGCAUUCGUUAAAUGGUGUGAAAUUUGAUCCUCAAACUGGUUCCCUGCUGCAUAUUGAACUGGCCAGAUCAAACUCAAGAAGGAAGCGUAAACCAGGUAGUGGAGCCUAUGUUGUUAUAGAUAAAAGAACUAAAAAAGAGGCUGAUACCCAAGAAACAUCUAGCGAUGAUGGAGACAGUGAAACUGAUGAACCAUCUGAAACUGAAAAUAAUGAUUCUGGCGACAAGACUGAAUUAGAGACUACAAAGAGCGCUGAGACGGCAGUGGAUUCUGACAAUGCUGUAGCUACUGUAAAUGAGCAAUCUGAAAAGCAUGUUGAUGGAGGACCAUGUUCCACUCUGUUCAUUGCAAAUCUAGGUCCAAAUUGCACUGAAGAUGAACUGAAGCAAGUUCUAUCUAAGUACCCUGGAUUCAAUGUGAUCAAAUUGCGUGCUAAAGGUGGAAUGCCAGUUGCAUUUGCUGAUUUUGAGGAAAUUGAACAAGCCAAUAAAGCCAUGGACGAACUUCGUGGCAGCUCGUUACCAUCUUCAGACAGGGGUGGCAUGCAUAUAGAAUAUGCAAGGUCUAAGAUGAGGAAGUCGUAG